UUGGCUGGGUUUCUGUGGAGGAUCAAACUCCAGAGGCUAAUCUUCUCCAAGCAAAAGCUAGCGAAGACAGUACAGAGUCGGUGUACAAUCAGCACACACCGCUACGGAAGCAUUCAUCAGAUUCGUAGAUUGGUUGCUUCCUGACGCGCGAGAGAGAAGCUCGCGCAUCUCGGAUUGUGAACUGAGAGAUGAUGAUGAUGAUUGACUCAGCCUCGGCAGUCGGAUUAUACACUGGCGUCGGCGGCGGUGGUGGCGGCUGCUGCGGCUCUUCCGUCACUAUGGCAAACUAUCGCCCCUUUUCGAGCUCCGACGACUCUACUGGAGUCCACAGCGCCUUCCGUCGUCUGUCCCACGCCAGCUGCCUCGACGUAUCAUGGAACAGAGCUCGGAGGCUUAUAGAUGGUUGUUCUUUCACAGUGAGAAGCUCACUUCAUCCACGGAGCAGAGUUAGGGCAACUGAAGAGUACUCAGGCUCGGGUUCAGAUCCCUUAGAGGGUAAUGGGACGCCGAAUUACCACCCAUUCGAAGAGAUAGCGGAAUCCAUGUCUCAGGAUGGUGGAGAUGCAAGACUCACAGCCGCAGAAACUACCAGAACCUUAAUUGAGCUAAACAAGGAAGCAACACUUAUGUUUUCAGCAUUGAUCAAUAAUGAAGUUCACGAAAACAUUUUUUUGCCCGAAUUGCCUUACGUGACUGAUGAACAUGGAAGCAUUAAAAUCUGUGGCAUAUCAUCAGAUAUCUACUUCCGGGUGGACAAUGAUGAAGGCAUUGUGGAAACACUGGUUUCUGAGAAUAACUUUGUGCAAGUAAUAAUAGGCUUGGAUACUGUCGAAAUGCUUAACGAGAUGGAACUGUCAGGACCAUCUGAUAUUGAUUUUGGCAUUGAAGAAAUCACAGAAGGAGAUGGUGAUGAUAUUGAUGACGAUGACGGUGAUGAAGAUGAUGAUGAUAAUGAUGAUGAUGAUGAUGAUGAUGAAGAUGAAGAUGACAAUGACUGGGUUGCGACUCUUGAGGAUGAAGAAGAUGAAUCAGAUUCCGAUGAGACUCUUGGUGACUGGGCAAAAUUGGAAACAAUGCGUUCUUCACACCCAAUGUAUUUUGCGAUAAAGCUGGCUGAGGCUGCAUCGGAUCUCCCUAUGGAUUGGAUUGAUCAACCUCCAGCUGGUCUUGCCAUUCAAGGCCUUCUUAGACCUGCGAAUGUUGAGGAGCACCCUCUCAUCCAAAAGCAUAUAUCAGGCAAUAAGUCCCGUGAGGAUGAUCAAAAUCAGGUUGGGAAAAUUGACAAGCUGGAAGGUAUUGGCAUGCUUAAUGGUCAUCUCCAUGAGUCAGCCUCUUCUAAAGAUGGUCCAGUUGGGGCAGGGGGACUAGAGAAAUCUGAGAGAGUUAGACCUGGGACUUCAUUUUACAAGCUAGAGAUGAUCAAGAUUCAGUUGAUUUCAUCACAUGGACAUCAGACUGUAGUUGAAGUUGAUGAUUUCCAGAAAGCCAGGCCUGAUGCCAUUGCCCAUUCAGCGGCUCAAAUUAUUUCUCGCUUGAAAGCUGGUGGAGAAAAGAUCACACAAGCCCUGAAGUCUCUCUGUUGUAGAUGCAAGGGUAUUAAAGUUGAGGAGGUAACUGUUGUUGGUAUAGAUAGUAUUGGUUUUGAUUUGAGGGUUUGCUCAGGAACACAAGUUCAGAACCUGCGGUUUGAAUUCAAAACACGGGCCACUUCAGAGUAUAGUGCUGAGAGGCAACUUCAUGAUCUACUGUUCCCAAGGGUCCACCAGGCACAUAAACGGCAACAAGCUCACCAGAAGGAAUAGUGACAUUUUAGAAGCCUACAUUUGAAUUUAAAUUUUAUUGGAUGUUUUAUGGGGCUUAAAAUGAAUUUAGCAGUCAGCAAUUCCACUGAGUUGUAGUUUUAUGUAUUUAUGUGAAAUUCAAAUAGUAGAUAUUGGAAAUCUAUUGCCUCUGUGUGAUGGUACGCAUACAAAUUUUCUCA